GACAUAUUGCGGCAGUUCUUCAAGGUCCUUCGAGCAAACAUCGAACCUGGAUGCUUGGGCCAGACUGAGCUGUUCGGAGACUCUGGCUGGAUCCGUCUGUUUGUGCAUGAGCUCUUCAGACAUCGCAGCGACGUAGCCACCAUGGUAUUUGUGGAUGCUGGAGACUAUGUGUUUCUGGAGGACGUGUCGCUUGUCUUAAGCCAGCGGCAACAUUUCUCGGCGUCGCAGUUGGCGGCGUCUCCGCGACAUGGAGAGAUGCCCUUCCAGCUCCUAGACUUGCGCCGCAUGAGGCGCGCAAAUUUCACGAAGAUUCUCUCAGAGAUCGUGAAGAGUCGCAUCGACUCGGAGACUGAAAUUUGGUGCAGCCUUGGAGAAGGCAUGUUCACCAAGGUGCUGUCUCAAAAUACAAGCCUGUGGUAUACCUUCGAUGAGCCUUGGGUGGUAGAGCCACGGGAACAUGGAGGCGUGCAAGCGCGUGGUGGAGGCGUUAACAACCUGUGGCGCAAGACAGUUGAUGAUGCCAGUUGGCAAGAUGACGCCAUUUGGCAGGAUCGGGUAUAUCCGGGCCUCUUCGAUUGGACAGUCUUGCGAAUACAUUGCCCACUGUUUUUGGAGAGCUUUCUGGCCAUCACCCUGGCAGGGAAAGUGCCGCCAAGCAGAUCACAAUACAAGUUUUUGGGAUGGUCUGUACGGUCGUAUCAUCUGGGCAGCGUCAUCAACGCUACCUUGGAGGAUUCAGGCUUACAUUAUGGCCAUCUCAGUUUCCUCCGUUGCAAUGAGCGUGCUUUGGGCGUCCAUUUCACCUCUACGCUGAAGCGAGUUCCUUGGGGCAGGAACUUUCUGAACUUCUGGGCCGGCGCUGCAAAUUUGGGACGCGGCG